AUGAUCGGCACGGGGCACCCGAUCAUGGCGCUCGCGCUGGUCGCGACGCGGGUCGCGCACCUACGGCCAGCGGAGGCGAUGAGGUGGAAGGAGAAGGAGAUGGACCAGCACCUCUCCAAGGUCAACCUCUUCGAGGAGAGCCUAGUGCUGGACUCGCUCGACCUGCCGUGGCUGGGGGCGCUCCUCGCGGGCCUCCGCAAGGGCCAGCCCGACAGGCUCUUCCUCGAUUUCAAGCACUCCCUGCUCGGCCCGACCGUGGCGGCGGCCGCCAAGAGGGCCGGCCUCGACAAGCUCAAGAUCUCGCCCUACCACACGAGGCACUCCGGCCCCAGCCACGACAUCCUGCACUAG